ACACUGCUACCAUUGCACGUGUUUUUAUUUGUAUUGAAAAUAUAAUUCAAAUUGAUCCGCUCCUGCGCCAUGGGCAAGAAGAACAAGGGUGCCGCACCCAACCUGGGUCGCCAGCUGAUCAAGGAUCGCUUUGGCCACACACCCCGCCGCAAGGUGGACAACGACACGAUGCUGCACACUACCGAGCUACAGGAUGGCUACGACUGGGGCCGUCUCAACCUGUCAUCCGUCACCGAGGAGUCCUCGUUCCAGGCCUUUUUGCGCACCGCCGAGCUGGCCGGCACAGAGUUUCAAGCGGAGAAGCUGAACAUUACGUUCGUGAACCCCAAGCAGCGGGUGGGACUGCUCAGCAAGACGCAGGAGCAGCGCAUGCACCAGAAGCACGACGAGCACCGCGACCAGCUAAAGAUCCCAAGGCGCCCUAAGUGGACCAAGGAGACCAGCGCCGAUGAGCUAGAGCGAGCCGAGAACGAGGCUUUCCUAGAUUGGCGCCGCGAUCUGGCGCUGCUGCAGGAGGACGAGGAGAUCCUGAUGACGCCCUACGAGAAGAACCUCGAGUUCUGGCGCCAGUUGUGGCGCGUGGUGGAGCGCUCCGACGUGGUUGUCCAGAUCGUCGACGCCCGUAAUCCGUUGCUGUUCCGCAGCAUUGACCUGGAGCGCUACGUGAAGGAGGUGGAACCAAGCAAAAUGAACAUGAUCCUGGUAAACAAGUCGGACCUGCUCACAGCGGAACAACGUCGCCACUGGGCGGAGUACUUUGACAGCGAGGGCAUUCGUACGGCCUUCUACUCGGCUACUCUAGUGGAGGAAGAGCUGAAGCAAGAGGCGGAGGCGGCUCGCCAAGAAUCCUUUCCCGAGGUGCGGGAGCUGCGCAAGGCCGCCGAGGAGAUUCACCAGUCGCUGGAUAAGGUAGAGGGCACACUGAACGCCAUCGAGGAGAAGCUCAAGGUGAAUAAAGAGGGGGAGCACGAUCAGCUUCCGCGAAUGCCGGAGGACAAGAACAGUCCCCGACUGCUGUCCCGCCUGGAGCUCAUCGAGUUUCUGCGCCACAUUUACAACGGUCCACGGCACACAGAGCAGCACGUGACCAUCGGCAUGGUCGGCUAUCCCAACGUGGGAAAGAGCAGCACCAUAAACUCGCUAAUGACUGUCAAGAAGGUUUCUGUUUCUGCCACGCCCGGCAAAACCAAACGCUUUCAGACGCUUUUCUUGGACCAGGACAUCUUGCUCUGCGAUUGUCCUGGUCUGGUGAUGCCCAGUUUCGUUCUGACCAAGGCGGACAUGUUGCUCAACGGCAUCCUUCCCAUCGACCAGAUGCGCGACCACGUGCCAGCCGUGAAUUUGCUGUGCGAACGAAUUCCGCGCCAUGUCCUGGAGUAUAAAUACGGUAUUGUAAUAGCCAAGCCCCUGGAAGGCGAGGACAUGGAGCGGCCCCCGCAUUCCGAGGAACUGCUGCUGGCCUAUGGAUACAAUCGCGGCUUUAUGACCUCUAACGGACAACCGGAUCAGGCGCGCUCCGCCAGAUAUGUCCUUAAAGACUAUGUCAACGGCAGACUGCUUUACGCUAUGGGCCCGCCUUCGCUGCCCCAGGCCGAAUACCAUACUUUUCCCGAACGCCAGCGCAAGGUCAUCGAGGAAUCCCAGCUGCCAAGUCAGCAACAGCGAGCUAUGCGGAUUGACAAGAGCACGUCCAAGGAGCUGGACAAGCAGUUUUUCUCCGACAAGCCCACCCACGCCCAUGUAAAGGGACGCACCAACUUCCCGAACGUGCGUCUAGCUAACGACGGCUCCCUGGUGGCCGGCAAUGAUCCGGCGGCCAAGCCCUGGCGUCAUGUCAAGAAAGAGAGGCGGGAGAAGCUGCGCAAAAAGUUCUCCCACCUAGACGAGCAUUGAUUUAAAUCCAUUAGUAAUUUAUUUCGAAGGGCGUGUCUAUGAGGCACUUGUAUAUUAUUAGCAUUAGAAUUACAUAGAAAUUAAACCUGAAGAAUCCAGACAGCUCUA